AACAAGCAGAAGAAAAAAAUGACGGUGCGUGUUACGUAAGCAGUUUGGUUAACGGUGGAAGUGGAAGGUUUCUUGAGGGAAGCAAUACAUUUUGGUGCACUAGUACGACGCAUGGGCUUGUUAUGUAGGUGAGCGAAUUCCCCACUAAGACUUUGAUUGUGUGCAUGAAGGUUCACUCCACCUUCUCAAUUUUACACUGCAACUUCUCAAUUGCACUUUAUCUUCUUCAAUACACUGCGUUCUUCCGAAUCUAAACGAUGCUUACAAAUAAAUGCAUUUCCUUCCCAGACUUCUGAAUUCCCUCACGUUUUUCCACGUUUAAAGCGGCAAUGACUAUGAAGAUUUGCUAAUAAAUAGAUGCAUUAGAUAAAGCUUUUGAUAGCAGCCAUUGAUGAAGGGAGGAUUAAAUGGAGAGCUUGAGACAAGCAAAUUGUGCAUGCUUGCAACGCAGGUGCCAGAAUUUAAGCCUAAACCCAAGCGGACGCGCAGAUAUAAAGAUAAAUCGCAGGUUUCACAAGGCGGCCGGAGUUCUAUCUAUAGAGGAGUCACCAGGCAUAGCUGGACCGGCCGAUAUGAAGCGCAUCUUUGGGACAAGAAUUGUUGGAACCAAGGACAAAAUAAAAAAGGCAGACAAGUUUACUUAGGAGCAUAUGAAGAUGAAGAAGCUGCCGCACACUCAUACGAUCUGGCUGCUCUUAAAUAUUGGGGAAAAGAUACCAUCUUAAAUUUCCCUAUAUCUACUUAUACGAAGGAGUUGGAGGAAAUGCAGAAUGUUAGUAAGGAAGAAUAUCUCGCUUCACUGAGACGAAAAAGCAGCGGGUUUUCAAGAGGAGUGUCGAAGUUCCGUGGGGUAGCCAGGCAUCAUCAUAAUGGACGAUGGGAGGCGCGAAUUGGAAGGGUUAUGGGCAACAAAUAUCUUUAUUUGGGAACUUACAGCACACAAGAAGAAGCAGCUGAAGCUUAUGACAGAGCAGCUAUAAAAUUUAGAGGCCUAAACGCUGUGACAAAUUUUGACCUUAGCCGAUAUAUGGGUUGUGUGAAUCCCAAAGAGCAACACAAUAACUUUGAAUGCAGCGAGGAUUCAAGAUCGAGUCUCAGCACCAACACUACCGAACAGCUUCAGAUUCAAAUUCAGGAUAAUUUGGGUAAAAUGCAGCAACUUCAGCUACCUUGUAACCCUAGUCUUGUUGAUUUGGAAGGGAAUGGCAAUGAGAAAAAUGGGGUCAUCCUACGCCCUCCUAAAUUUGAAGAAGGGACUCCUCCAUUUUCUUCAUCAUCUUCCUCUUCUUCUUCAGUUGAAGCUAGAAUGGUGGAGAGGUCAAACCAACAACAACCACAAGACAUGUGUAUGGAUGUCAAUUUCCCUGAAGACAUUGAUUUUUUCUUCGACAGUUCGGAACAUUUUCUGGGAACUUCAGUUCCAGAUUUGUCUUCUCACAUUGAUUUUCCAAACCAUCUCAAUAUAUUCCCUGGUUAUGCAAUUCAAUCAGAAAUUAUGCCCAUGUCUACUGACUAUGCUGAUUUGCUUGGCCCUGAAGAUUAUUCUCUAGUCGAGCCCUCCUGCAACUCAAAAUUAUUUUUCUAAAUAAUUCAAAGGACUUGUAAUUAUCAACUUUGACUAUAACAACUAUUCUUUGCCUCAUACAAAAGACCCUUUGUGGUCGUCUAUCUCGUCCACUCCUUCCUAUAUGAGCACUUGCACUGUAAAUCACAUCCAUUUUAUGUAAGCAUAAUCUGAUGUUGACAUAAACUUUAAAGAUGUGAAUGAGCCUUGGAAAUCCACAGCAGCUGAUUAUAUUUAUAUUUAUUUUACUGCUUUUUU